AGAGGGUGGCGUAAUUUCUCACACAGCGGCGGGUUCAGGUUCCGCACACGGAUGCACAGUGGGUAGCGACUGUUGCUGAAUGCGAACGGCUGCCAUUUUGAUCUGAAAUAACUAGGAUCUGUGUUUCUUUGGCGCAAUAAUAAAUGGUUUAACUUAGUAGAUACAAUAGCUUUUUGCUUUCAGUUUUGACGCAAAAUGCUUUCCGCAGCCCAGUUACUCGAUGAGUUGAUGGGUCGAGACAGAAACUUGGCCCCCGACGAGAAACGAUGCAACGUACGCUGGGACCACGAGACCACCUGUAAGUACUAUCUCUGUGGAUUCUGCCCUGCAGAAUUAUUCACAAACACCCGGUCUGACUUGGGUCCCUGUGAAAAAAUCCAUGAUGAAAACCUUAGGAAAAUGUAUGAGAAGAGCUCCCGGUUCAUGAAGGAGGGCUAUGAGAGGGACUUCCUGCGCUACCUGCAGUCUCUCCUGGCCGAGGUGGAGAGGAGGAUCCGUAGGGGCCACGCCCGUCUAGCCCUGUCGCAGGCCCAGCAGGCCGCAGGACAGGGGCCUGGUGGUCCUGUGGGGAAGAACGAGGAGAAAGCUACAGUCCUGACAGAGAAGAUCGAGGACCUAGUCAUGCAGAUCGAGGAGUUGGGCUCUGAGGGCAGAGUGGAGGAGGCCCAGGGGAUGAUGAAACUGGUGGAACAGCUAAAGGAUGAGCGAGAGCUGCUCAGCUCCACCCCCUCGACGAUUGAGACCUUUGCGGCCCAGGAGAAACAGAUGGAGGUGUGCGAGGUGUGCGGGGCGUUUCUCAUUGUGGGAGACGCCCAGUCCCGGGUGGAUGACCACCUGAUGGGCAAGCAGCACAUGGGCUACGCCAAGAUCAAAUCCACUGUGGAGGAGCUCAAGGAGAAGUUAAAUCGGCGAUCCGAAGACCCCGCCGGAGAAGACAAGGGAGAGCUAGAAAGCAAGGACUGGGAGCGUGAGAGGGAGGAGAGGGAGACUAAGCGCAAGUUGGAAGAGGAGGAGAAAGAGAAGGAGAAGGAGAAAGAGCGUGAGAAGGAGAAGGAGAAAGAGAGGGAGCGAGUGAAGGAGCGGGAGAGAGAGAGGGAGCGAGAGAGGGAGAAGAGAGGAAGGAGGAGCCACUCGAACAGCCGCCACUCCAGCCGGGCGUCGGACCGUAAGAGGAGUCGUUCCCGGGAACGCCGGCGGUCCAGGAGCAAGGAGAGGGAGCGCAAACGUAGCAGAAGCCGGGACAGGGACCGGGAGAGGCGGCGCAGCCGGGAGCGUUCGGACAGGAAACGGCGCUCCCGUAGCCGGGAGAGGAAGAGGUCCCGCAGCUCGGAGCGCAAGUCUCACCGCCACCGGAGCCGCAGCCGGGACAAGGACAGGACGUCCAGAGACAAAGAGCGUAAGGAGCCGGAGGAGAGGAGGAGCAGCUCCAAGAAGGACGAGGUGUUAGAGGAUGACAAGCCUUCCUCUGACGUGGCCAAGCCUGGGCCCGUGGAGGCUGAGGCUCCUGCCUCCACUCUGGGCCUGGCCCUUCUGGCCAGGGUCAACGGGGCUGCUCAAGACGAACUCCAUUCUGAAGGUGACACUCAGUCCAAUUAAAACUGAUCUGAUAGGACCUCAGAUCAGGCUCAGUGCAUCGUAAGUAUGCACUGAAGAUGGAGCUAGACCGAUGAUGAGAGAAGAAGGUAGAAACAGAGGUCACAAAGCCCAGAGGGAAAGACCAGUGUAGUCCUGAAAAACAUACCUGGAGGUACCCCUCGUUUUGUAUCGGUUAUAUACAUGCAUACAUAUUAUAUAUCUCUAUAUUUGGUCUAUUGGACAAAAAUCUCUUCCAAAUUUAAAUCCAAGCAUUUCUUUCUGCCUGUAUUGCCUCUUGUAUAUUUUUUUUCUCUUCAGUGAUGGUGGCAGUAACCAUGUCUUUUAAUUUGUCGAUUUUCAUAGCCUAUGGAACGUAUUAAAGUGACUGUUUGUCUAGAAAUGUGGACAUGUAUCCACACAUAGACACUGCAUUUUACAGAUACUUUAAAAGUAAAGUGAAGCUAUAUAUGGACGGAUCCGUACUAUUUCUUUGACCUACUGAAUGCACAGUCUAAAACCAUUUUUUCUCCCACUGCCAUGGAUAUUGUGUUCUAUAUACAGCUCUCUGUUCUCUGAUAUGUAUUGUAACACAGUGUGUUGGUUAGCAUUGGGCUGAUGAUGGAAGGGUAGGGGUUAAUGAAUGAUUGCAGCUGACUUCCAUACCUCACACAGCGUUGGUGUUGAGUGAGUGAGCGACCUCAUGAAAGAAAAAGGCAAAUUAAUAAACCCUCAAGGAUCAAACUGUCAAACUAUUCAGGUACUCACCCAGGUACUCCUUUCUCUACCCACAUCCAUUUCUACUGAAUGCUGUUGCCUGUGAGCUUACUGCUCUUUAUCAUGACUAAAGCUUGAUGUGUAUUGUUUUUUGUUUCUCCUUUGCUUUUUUGGUGCUUUUUUUCAUCUUUUAAAGGUUGUUUUUGAAGUAUUUAUUAUCAGGAAGUGAUGAUGAUGAUGAUAAGAGGUACAGGUCAACUUGUUUGAUAUCCUCCAGCUGUCUAGUUUAAUUAGAUUUGGUACUUAUUAGUGGACCUGCCUUUCAGGACUUCAUUGACUUUGAAAGUGUACCAAUUUAUAUUAUUUACAUGCUGUUAAUUGAAAACACUUAAUUUUGGCCCAUGUUUGAUAUCGAUGGUUAUAUCUAUCAUCCAACUAACAUUCCUCAGUUUAGGUUUGUCUACAGUUCAUUUUAUGGUAAAGGGGAUAUCAAGCAGGUUCCAUAAUCUCAAAAUAGGAUGGUUAAAGCUUUUAAAGUUGAGUUCUAUUGCCUUAUACUGUGUCCCAAACUGAGUGUGAAGAGCAGGGCAGCCAUCGUCAGCUAAUGUCCACUAACAUUUAAGGGCUGUUGGAGAAACGUCCACAAAAUUCCAGGAUGUUCCCUCCAAAAAAUGCAAUUUAGAUUUCCCCAAUGUUUGCUAGUGUUAGAUUUAGUUUAUUUUCCAGUUCGUUAGAUUAGUUACCAUUCCUUUGUGACAUGUCUAUAGGGGGAUUUUCUGUAUGUAUAGUUGAUGAUAACAGCUUGUGGCUGCUACAAGCUGUGUUACCAGGAUCUUUGCUAAUGUGUCACCUCUUUGACCGUUUGUGCACCCCAGGGGACGCUGGGAAAUCUGGAGGAGGAAGAUCUGAAGACCACCUGUCGCUCCACCCUGAACCUGUCUCUGCGCUGCUUAAAACAAGGUGAACCACAGAUGUAGUGGCUUAUUAAAACAACUGUGACAUCUAAAUCACAACAAAAGACACGUGUGUAAAGGUGCCCUCUGUUGUCCUCCUGUUGUUUUUUUUUUUGGAAGAUCACAUUUUUAGCGCAGGACCAGACAUUCUUCAUUCAGUUUUCCGUUGUAUUUCUUUCCUUCAUCGUUUCUGAUAUAAAGGACCUUGUCUAGUAGCUGCUGAGGUAGAAUGGUACAUUAAGGCUUUUAUCUAUGUUCUGUUUCUCAUGCAGUUUUUAUGACAAAUAAAAACCGUGCUUGUUUUGGUUUGUAAUGUCAGGUUUCCACUCUUUCACGGUUUGACUUUUUUGGGAAAUCAGUUUGGGAAGUGUUUGUACAAUGUUAGUCAGGAGCAUCUCUUUCUCUCCUCUCUCCUUCCCACCCACCAGAUCUCACACCCACUGACUGAUCUCUCUAGCCCCUUACUGUAAAAUAUAGUGAGAUUGAAUUGAUCUUUUUUUGUUCUGAUUUUUAAACCUGUUCAUCUUGAUCAAUAAAAAGAGAGCUUGAAUGA